CGUUUACACCCACUUUUCUCAAAUUACUUGACGACGAAGAAGCCAACGAAGAGCGAGGUUGGCUUUCAAAGCUAUCCCGAUUCCGAUCCCGACCUUCCUAGUAAUUCCACUUCUCUCAGCUGUCGCAGAUGAGGGGAAAUCCAGAGCGAGGCGGCGCAUGGGCUACAAUGAUCGUUGUGAACACGCCGAGCCAGGAGUUCGCUCUCACCAACUUUGCCUUCUGCUCUGCCGGCGAUUUUCGGAAGUUCGCAACACCGGGAUCCGGCUCGGCCCUGGUUCUCGUUGGAGAUUCUCUUGUUCUUUCCCUCAUUAAGCAUGGCAACAUUCCGGAUGGUCAAAUUGCUCUUAAUUCUAUCCAACGCCGGCACACAAAAGUCUCGGCCGGCGAUCAAAUAUCUGUUAUUACAUUUUUUCCGCCAUCUUGUUUUUCUCUAGCAUUGCUUACGCUUGAGCUGGACAAUGUGAAAGCAAAAGCAAAUAGAAAUGAAGAGCUAGAUGCUGUCGUUCUUGCACAACAUCUUCGUAAGAAGUUUGUUAAUCAGGUCAGGAAAUUAUAUUUCUUAAUUUUUUUUUUUUUUUUUUUGAAGGAA